AUGUCAUUUAAAUUUAAUUUUCAAGUUGAUGAAGAUGAAAAUGAUAAUGGUAAUAAUAAUGAACAAAAUAAUGAAGAAAGUAAAUUAGAUAUAUCUGAAUUUGAUUCAAGCUCUAAAAUGGAUGAAUUACCAUCAAAAUAUAUUGAUUUAAGAAAUAAUUUAAGUAGUUUAUUAUCAAAUGUUGAAACUGAAAUAGUAACAUUUUCAUCAAAUAAUAAAUUAAAAAAAUUAGUUAAACCUUUCAAAGGAAAUCAAGAUAAUAAUAAUGAUAAUAAUGUAAAUAGUAAUGAUAAAAAUGAUAAUAAUAAUAAUAAUAAUAAUAAUAAUAAAGAUUAUGAAAAAUUAUUGGAUAAAACAGAUUUAAUACCAGGUGUAUAUGAAGGUGGUUUUAAGCUAUGGGAAUGUUCAAUUGAUAUUAUAAAUUAUUUAUUUGAAGAAAAAAUUGAUUUAAGUGGUAAAAAGGUAUUAGAAAUUGGUUGUGGUCAUGGUUUACCAGGAAUUUAUUGUUUAUUAAAUGGUUCAAUAGUAACAUUUCAAGAUUAUAAUGAAGAAGUAAUUUAUAAUUUAACCCAACCAAAUGUUUUAAUAAAUGGUGGUGAUAUAAAUAGAGCAAAAUAUAUUUCAGGUGAUUGGAAAUUUGUUGACCAAUUAUUAAAAAACGAAAAAUUUGAUAUAAUUUUAACAUCAGAUACAUUAUAUAAUGUUGGAUCAUUUAAAAAACUUUAUAAUUUAAUUUCAAAUCAUUUAGAAUCAAAUGGAAAAUGUUAUUUAGCUAGUAAAACCUAUUAUUUUGGAGUGGGUGGAGGUAUUAGAAAAUUUGAAGAAUUAUUAAAGAUCUUGAAUAGAUUAUCUAUAAAAACAGUAAGGGAUAUUAAAGAUGGUUUAUCAAAUGUGAGAGAAGUCGUUGAAAUUACAAAUAAAAUAAAUUAG